AUGCCUGAUGUUGAGGAACCUAUCCUCCCUGACCAGGAACACAUUGAUAAGGAACAUAUGCCUGAUGUUGAGGAACCUAUCCUCCCUGACCAGGAACACAUUGAUAAGGAACAUAUGCCUGAUGUUGAGGAACCUAUCCUCCCUGAGCAGGAACACAUUGAUAAGGAAUGUAUGCCUGAUGUUGUCAAGGAACCUGCCCUCCCUGAAGUUGAGGAACCUGUCCUCCCUGAUGUUGAGGAACCUGUCCUCCCUGUCCAGAAGAAUAAAUUGAAGAAAAGGUUCAAGAAUGGCCCUUCGUUCUUUUCUUCUCUAAAAAGGGAAAGAAUUUGUGGACAGAAGGAGACAUUCCACACAGUGUUUUACCUGAAGAUAUCAAACGGACCAUUGACCCACCAGAUGUUCAAAUUCAUGGGUCUAGGUUUUACUAUCUGUUUAAUGGUUUGUGAUGAAGGAAGAAAUAAAAAAAAAGUUGAACAUUUAAUUGAUUUUAAAGAAUUAAAAAUAAAAACAGUUGAACAUUUGUUUGCUUUUAUUGUAGCAUUUCCAUAA